GAGAACGCACCACCAGUCUGCCACUCCUGAGGUUGAAAAUCUACACAGCAGCACCGGCAUCGGAGCUCCUCGUAUAGUGACAGUGGAAUAGAUGUUAUUAUGCCGGAGCAGAGGAUAAUACGGAACGAUACCUGAGGCUCCACAGAUUGAUUUGCUCAACAUGUGCUGGAGCCGUUUCCUAGUUUGCUUUUACACUGUGACUGCACAAAGGCUGACAGACGUCAGGAAAACACACCAGUCAUAAUCCAACCAACUUCACAAGCAGCCCUCCAUCAUGGGAGUUGUAGUCUACAACAUCUCCUCCACCUCAGCCAGAGUGAGCUGGCCGCCGUCCCCCAGCUGCCGCGACACCUUCUACAGCGUCAUGUACGACCCAAACUGGAACAGCUUGAUUAUGGGCUACAAGCGCAAGAGCUUCACGCACGAGGAGCGAAUCCCUGUCAGCCAGACCAGCACGCACCUGGCUAACCUGCUCCCGCAGACCGCGUACUUCUUGUGCGUGACGUGCCAGGCCGCCAAUCCCGUGCGGGAGCAGUGCCAGGUGUUUAGCACUCUGAGUGAGAGCAGUGAAGGUCAUGACAGAGCCGGCUGGGAGCUGGCCAUGGGCGUCUGGCUGACCUGCUGCAUUUUACUCCUGGUCAUCGCCGGCGUUUUGCUGUGGGGAUGCCUCCACACUAUCUGCUCCAUCCCCAACCAGUCCACCGACGGAUGUCCAGUGGUGACCAACUCCACCCUCCAGGACAUGUCUGCACCUCGACACCUGUACACUCCCAGGAGCACCAGCCAGGAUAGCUGCAAACAUGCUGCCAUCAUGCAGCCCCCCCUCCUCUCGUCGCAGACCACCGGCCACAUAAUUAACCAAGACCAUGAGCUGAGGACACUCGCUAAGCUGUCUGGCACUGAGCCGGCAUGAAUCAACUGGAUUGAGGUCACCACAGCAUUGUUUCGUCCAGUCUAUGUAUUUUUAUCCACUGGUGUAUUGGGCUUAGUAUAAAUUAAAUGUUUUCACAGACGCCACAUUACUUUACUCUAAAAUGAAGAAAAAAUGCUUCAUAAAGGCCUAAAGUUAGCCUGCCUGUAUAACUCACUCAUAUCAAUACUUCACUUCAAACAGGAUGGACUUAUUCCCAGUGCUCUCACCUUGUGUUUUUUUACUUGUUCUCCAGAUAAGCUGCGUUUUGCUAACAUAAUGAAUGUUUUGCUAAACCAUUGGGAUUCAGUAGAGGUAGAGGAAGCACCACACUUUCUCUGUGAGUGGUGAUGGAGAGUGUGCUGACCUUUGACCCAUACAGAUACUGGGGUUGAGCAUUGGGCGGUCUGUCCCUCUGGAACUCCUGUGAGAAGGCCAGGAUGGUGCGUACAAACCUGAACACACAGAUACAAGUUAUGUGUGGAUUCUUUCCUGAGUCUCACCAUGGAUAUAAUGCAGCAGCAUGGCUGUUACCUGUUAGUGGAGCCAUUGUAGCAGUAGUUGGGCAAGAAGUCAUAGUUGAGCUCCCAGAAGACGUGCAGGGUUAUUCGGCCAUAAGGAGCGGACACAUUGUGGUUUGCUUCUCGGAACAUGGCGUCCAAGCUGUCCAGAGUCAAGAACUUGCUGAGGAGCUUGUGCGUCAUACGGUUGAUGUCCAGAAGGCCUUCCAGUUCCUGGUUAAAAAGUCCACAGCGUUACCUUAUAACAGUGUUCUCAUAUUCCCAGUUCAACUUUGGACAGUGAAAAUAUAAACUCUACCAUGAUGGAGGUGAGGUCCUCACUCUCGAAGCGACUGAUUGCCAGAUCCAGAGACUUGUAAAGUGCAGCAGACACCCUCUGAGUGAUGAGUCUGUUUAGGUCAAUGGAUCGACCUAGGAGCUGAGAUUCACAACUCGUUAGUAACAGAGCCACAGUGCCACUGCAGACAGGGCAGAAUCCAGCAGUACCUGCACGUGGCGUUGUUUGAGUAGUGUCUCGUAACGGUUGGAAGCAGGCCAGGGAAUAUUGGCCCCCUGGUUCUUGCAAUCAGUUCUCAAGCGUUUGUCAAGCAGAAGACUAAAAGAUUGAAGAAAGGUAAAGGUCACUAUUCUUUAAUUUCACAUGCCUCCUCAUCAGCCCCUUCCAGCUAGAUGUUGCAUUUUAAAGAAGAUGCAUCUAGGCGCCGCAGAGUUCAGUGUCUAGCAUUAUCCAAAGCACUGUCAAGUGGUGAUCAAACUGAUUCAAGACUUUUAUAUCUUUUUGCUUAUAAAAAGUGGAACUUUAAUAAACCAUUAUUCACUAUUUUCAUAGUUAAUUGUCCAAAAUGUCUAUGAAUCACUUUGAGCUGCUUAUUAUAUGUUCAGUCUAACUUGCUACCCAACCUGAUGUGUAAAUUGGCCAUUUGAACAGUUCACACUCUAUUUAUGACAUGUAUCAGUCCCUACUGAUUGACUUGGGCUGUAGAGAGACUGUAAGGUUGGCUGGUGAUAAAACCUUUAGUGAGUAAACUAUUGUGGCUGGUAACCUGCUGUUAAGUCUGCAGCUGAUCAACACACAACAGAGGCCAAGGUCCACACAAACCACCUACCUUCCUGCUAGAAUCUUGUAGUGGGCAAAUAUCUGAUCAGCCAGCUUGUAGACAAAUUGGUCAAAGCACAAGUUGACCUGUAAAAAGAAGCGGUUUCCAAUCAACAUUUAUGUUCACAAGCAUGUUUUAUGGUUCUGUUACAACCAACAACAAAGAAACUUAAUAAAAUACCUUAUUUAAAUAAAUAACAUCUGCAAUGUCUAGGGAAUGUAGUGCAUUCCACACAAUUGCUUAGUGACAAGGACAGUCACUUGUUUAGAUCUUGGUGUUUUCUACCACUUAUAUUUAUUUUUAACUCUGUCUUUAAUGAUGAUUUUGAAAUAAACUGCUAGGAACGCUUC